CAAUCCCUUUUUCUUUAAGAAAAGAACAGUUUGAUUCUUGAACAGAAAAUCCCGGAAAAUACAGAGAGAAACAUGGCCCAGAAAGAUGAAGAUUUUGUUAUUGUGAAAGAAGAACCCGUAUUACUUAUUGAUGAAGAAGAGAAUUUUGACGGUGGAGGUGUUGGGUUUUGCGUAGAACCGCCAAAGCCGAUAGAGGGGCUGAGGGAAGUGGCGCCGCCGCCAUUCUUGAAGAAGACAUACGAAAUGGUGGAUGAUCCGAACACGGACUCUGUAUUAUCUUGGAGUUCAACAAGGAAUAGUUUUAUCGUUUGGGAUCCUCACAAAUUCUCUAUGGAUUUGCUCCCUAAACACUUCAAGCACAAUAAUUUCUCCAGCUUCGUUCGCCAACUCAAUACUUACUGUUUCAGGAAGAUCGAUUCUGAUAGAUGGGAAUUCGCGAACGAAGGAUUUCAGCGAGGGGAGAAACAUUUGCUGAAGAACAUUAAGAGAAGAAAACAGCAUUCCCAAAUAAUUCAUCAACAAGUAGCAGCACAAUCUUGGUUAGACUCGUCCAAUUACGGACUAGAAAACGAACUUGAAAGGAUGAGAACGGAUCAAACUACAUUGAAAACGGAAAUCUUGAAACUAAAGCAGCAGCAAGAGAACAUGGAAAAUUAUCUGUCGUCUGUUGAAGAUCGUCUGCAGAACGCUGAGAAGAAGCAGAGAAUUACAGUUCUUUUCCUGGUUAAAGUGUUGAAGGAUCCUCUCUUUUUGCAGUACAUCAAGAAAAGGAGGCUGAAAAAUGCACUAAACAAAUUCGGGAUGUUGAAGAAAAGGAGAUUAAUGAAGGACAUUGAUCGAAGUGUUCAAGAAGAAUUGACACCAAUACAAUCAGAGAUUCAAGCAUUAUUCUCUUCGGACGAUUCUGGGAGUCCUACACAGGACCAUAAGGUUGAAGCUUCCCCUGAGACGAAUAGUACAGAUUUGAACUCGGAGAAUUUCAUACUGUGGGAGAAACUCAUGGAAGACGAUAUGAUUUAUGAGGAAAAAGCAGAAGGUGAAGCAGAAACAGCGAAGCAACAGUCUGAUAUUGUUCUUGAAUUGGAGGAUUUAAUUGCAAAGCCACCAGAAUGGGAUAUGCAUAGGAGAAACCUAGUCUAACCGUAAUUUUCAUCCAUUUCUAUGCUUUUACACGGAGUUGCUGUUUUGCAAUGUAUAUGAUUUAUGUUGCCAAACAAGAAUGUAUAUCUGGUAGUUAUGGAGUGUUUUGUAUACACCCUUAAUUGCUUAAACUUUUAGAUAUGGAGUAAUUUAUGAACUUCUAGCUUUAGGCUUGUUCCAGUCUGUCAACUGCUUAAAACUUUUAGAUGAAGUAGUUUAUGCUUUGAUUGCAUUUAUUUCAGACAUUUUGUGUGGUGGAUCAUAUUUGCCAAUUUUUGUUACAAAGGGAUGUAUUUUCAUCCUAAUAUCAUA